UUCUCUUUCCAUUUCUUGCCAAAACCCUAAUUUUCACCCUUGCAACUCGUUAAGAAAUUUCUCCCCCAACUUAAACCACCCCCCUUUGAAAAAAAUAAAAUAAAAAUUAGAUCUUUCUCAUUUGCUUGUAAUUAUGUUUGAUUUAGGUCGAAUUUUCUGAAAUUAAGAUUCAUUCCUCCAUGGAAGCUCUGUUUUUUUCUUCUUUAGUUUAGCUUCUUCUAUUGAUCUGUGUUUAUUUUUUUCCUCCAAAAUAUUAAAAAUCUCAUCUUUCGUGUUUUAUUGUGUCACUCAGUACUUCUGAAUCUUGAACUUCAAGAAGAAGCUUUCAAGAAACCAAUCUUGAAUCUUUCGUGAUCAUAAUAAAGAUUCCAAAGGGAGGAUCUCUACCUACUGAUUUGUCGGAAUCUCUCUCCCAACAGAAUCACUUGAUCUUAUGUCCGGAUGGAAGAGAGAGAAGGAACCAAUAUCAUCAACAACCAUAACAUCACUAGCAGCAGUUUCGGCUUGAAGCAACAUCAUGAAGCUGCUGCUGCUUCUUCUGAUGGUGGUGGUUACUCAAUGGACCCACCACCACGACCCGAUAACCCUAACCCGUUUUUGGGCCCACCCACCACUGUCUCCUCCGCCGCCACCUCCUCCCUUGCAGGAGGAACCGUUGCUGAUAAUGCGGCUCCUCAGUUUAGCUUAACAAUGCCGGCGGAGAACGCUUCCUCUGAGCAGCUGAAAAAGAGGAGAGGUAGGCCGAGAAAGUAUAAUCCCGAUGGGACUCUCGCCGUGACUCUUUCCCCGAUGCCAAUCUCGUCCUCCGUUCCGUUGACGUCGGAGUUCCCUCCAAGGAAACGAGGAAGAGGCAGAGGACGUGGCAAGUCUAAUCGAUGGCUCAAGAAGUCUCAAAUGUUCCAAUUCGAUAGAAGUCCUGUUGAUACCAAUAUCGCAGGUGCAGGAACUGCAGAUUUCGUUGGUGCCAACUUUACACCUCAUGUGCUGACAGUCAAUGCCGGAGAGGAUGUGACAAUGAAGAUAAUGACAUUCUCUCAGCAAGGAUCUCGUGCUAUCUGUAUCCUUUCAGCUAAUGGUCCUAUCUCUAAUGUUACGCUUCGUCAGUCUAUGACAUCCGGUGGUACUCUAACUUAUGAGGGUCGUUUUGAGAUUCUCUCUUUGACGGGUUCGUUUAUGCAAAAUGACUCUGGAGGAACUCGAAGUAGAGCUGGUGGCAUGAGUGUUUGUCUCGCAGGACCAGAUGGUCGUGUCUUUGGUGGAGGACUCGCUGGUCUCUUUCUUGCUGCUGGUCCUGUCCAGGUAAUGGUAGGGACAUUUGUAGCGGGUCAAGAGCAGUCACAGCUGGAGCUAGCAAAAGAAAGACGGCAAAGAUUCGGAGCUCAACCAUCUUCAAUCUCCUUUAACAUCACAGCAGAAGAAAGGAAAGCGAGGUUCGAGAGACUUAACAAUUCCGUUGCUCUUCCUGCACCAACUACUUCAUACACGCAUGCAAACACAACGAAUGCGGUUCACAGUUACUACACAAACUCGGUUAACCACGUCAAGGAUCCUUUCAGUUCCAUCCCAGUAGGGGGAGCAGGAGGAGAUGGAGGAGAAGAGGAAGGCGAGGAAGACGAAGAAGAUGACGAUGAGUUAGAAGGUGAUGAGGAAGAAUUCGGAGGCGAUAGCCAAUCUGACAACGAGAUACCGAGCUGAUCUGAUGAUCCUAAACGGUUUCUUUUUCACGGAUUUGUUAGGGUGAUGGAUGAUGGAGUUUUCAGAUUUUGGUUGAUUGUUUUUAACACAGAAUGUUUAGAUACUGCUAUCUUUAGGUUCUCUCUCCCUCUACUUGUGAUUGUUGUAGUAUCCCCAUGUUAGAAAAAACAAGAUUUACGAUUGCAAAACUCUCUUUCAAGAAAAGUUAUUAUCACUUUGCUUCC